AUACAUACAUUUUUGCUGGAGUAAUUCAGGAUAAUGCACGUUCAAGGGUGAUGGGAUUCGAACCUAGGCUCUUUCACCGUCAGGCGGUAGCGCUAGUCACCUCUCUGCAUGGGACGUAAUAAACAACCGAAUAUAAAAUCGCAUUUGAUAACAUGACUGCAAUGCCUCUCUCGUCGAAAUGUGGGGCCGUAAAUUUCAAUUUCGCCCCGCUCCACCCAAUUGGCGCGCAUCUCGCGCCGCUCCAGUGACGCAGGCUCGUCGGCAGACCACUGGCUGACUGCGUCGACAGACACUUAUCUCCAUAGAGACAAGCCUUCCGCACGGUCCGGGGAUAAGCAGACGUCGUAGCCUGUCGGGCACACGGAUCACAAAUUCGCCACACGCUUUUUAACUGCCGAAAGACGGAAGGAGUCCGGCUGCUCAUUAGCCGUUCUGUUUCUUAGUGUCUGGCCGCCUCGCUCCAUCGCUUGUCAUGUAGCCAUAGGCCGUCGAACUGGAUCAGAUCGGGCUGGAUUGUGUUGCUGGGGAGGAGAUCGUUUCGAUGAGAAAUUAGCGCUGUGAAAUCGAGUCAUUUUAUGUAUGACCCUUCGGUGGGGCUGAGUGUCUUUCGAAGCGGAUCCCUCGCGGUUUUGAAGGAUGGAUGCAGACGCCGCCGCCGCUGGUGCUACUGCGCUCCCCGCCGGUGGUCGCAGGAAGACGGAGUCGCUGCGAGGCGAAGGCGCCGUGGACGUCGUGCCGCUGGAGCUGUAUGACUCAGCCCGCGCGAAAAUAGACGCCAAUCUGCGGUGGCUCUUCGCCAAAGCCUACGGAAUAGACCACAUCCCGGAGGACCUGCGCGACCCCUUCUACACGGACCAGUAUGAGCAGGAGCACAUCAAGCCCCCUGUGAUCCGGUUGCUGCUUUCAAGCGAGCUGUACUGCAGCGUUUGUGGCCUCAUCCUGAAGGGGGACCAGGUGGCCUCUCUGCAGUCCCACCAGGCUGUGGUGCAGGCUUUGUCCCGCAAGGGCAUCUAUGUCAUGGAGAGUGACGACUCGCCCGUCUCUGAGGCUGACCUAGCCUGCACACCCAUCAAGAUGAGUGCACACAUAGCCAUGAUUGAUGCCCUCAUGAUGGCCUACACUGUGGAGAUGAUCAGUAUUGAGAAGGUGGUGGCCAGUGUCAAGCGCUUUUCAACCUUCAGUGCCUCCAAGGAGCUGCCCUUCGACCUGGAGGAUGCAAUGGUCUUCUGGAUUAACAAGGUGAAUCUGAAGCUGAGGGAGAUCACUGAGAAAGAGCUGAAACUGAAGCAACACCUACUGGAGUCCCCCAGUCACCAGAAGUCUCCCUCCAAAUGGUAUUGGAAGCUAGUACCUGUGCGGUACCGCAGGGACCACCUCUCCGGCAGGCAGCUGCCCUACUUCCCUCUGUUAGAAGAUCUGAUGAAGGAUGUGUGUGACGGUGCUGCCCUGCUGGCUGUGGUCCAUUAUUACUGCCCUGACCACAUGAAGCUAGAUGAUAUCUGCUUGAAGGAGGUGACCUCAAUUGCUGACAGCCUGUACAACAUCCAGCUCUUGAAGGAGUUUGCAAAUGAGUACCUUAACAAGGGCUUUUACCUGACCAUCGAGGACAUGCUGUAUGCUCCACUUGUACUCAAGCAAAAUGUCAUGGUCUUCAUCGCGGAGCUGUUCUGGUGGUUCGAGGUCGUCAGGCCUGAUUUUGUGCAGCCCAGGGACUUGCAAGAAAUCAAAGACGCAAGAGCCAUGGUGCAGGCCAAGAGUGCUCGUCCUACAGUACCAAUCUCCAAUGCCACCAAGCGCAGCUUUCUGGUCACACCUGGCUCAGGCGACACCAUGGCAAGUGUGCAGAGCCCAGACAUUUGUAACAGCAAUAAAGGGAGUCCCGCCCUAGGUGCUUCCCAUCCACUGCUUCCCCUGAGACAGAGACAACAGAAGUCCUUACAAGGAGAAGAAGCUUCCGGGUAUCGAAACCGCUCCAACUCCCUGACCCGAGUGGAUGGCCAUCCCAAGGGUGCUCUGCUAGCCUGGCCAGACAAGAAGCAAAGGCCGAUGUCCCAGCCCACUCCUUACGCCACGGACAGUGAUGCUGACAUGGCCUCAGGUGACAGUAUCAGCUUGGCUCGCUCCAUCAGCAAGGACAGCCUGGCUUCAAAUGUAAUCAAUGUCACUCCAAGUCACCAGUCCGGAGGAACCUUCGUUCACGUGGGCCCCCGCAGGCCCAAUGGCCAGGGCCCGCUAGGCCGUGCUAGCCCUAGGGAUGAGGAGGAAGAGGAGGAGCUGGUAGCCAUCAUCAGAUCUGAGAAAGGCCCUGGGCGGGAGGACCCUGACCUUCAAAGCAUGUCUCUAAAGGCUGCAAGGUCCCGGUCUCCCCGGCGGAGGCAAGAGGAAGUUCCUGCCGAGCCCCAGGCCGAUAGCUUUUACUUAGAACCACUGAUGCCUGCACUUUUGAAACCGGCAAAGGAGAAGUCUGUAAACCCAAACAAAGAGGAGGAGUGUGGAGAAGGGAGGUCACGAAGCUCCACAAGGAGAGCUGGUGAAGGGCCUAUGCUCUUCACCAGGAAGAAAGUCUGUUCAGCUGGCCCCAGCCGUGACCUGAACCGGACCUUCACACCCAUCAGCAGUACAGAGUUCGUCCCAGCAACGGAAUCCGUAGAGCUGCCUGCAGAGGGUGGUUCCGAUGGUGCCUUUACAACAGAGGUCACCAGCAGCGUGGAUUCUGCAUCUCGGGAGCAGUCCUGCGGAUUCUUCCUGCACACCUCUGACUCCAGUGACAAAGUACCCCUAGCAGGCCAUGUAAGGAGCAGUCCCUUCUCCACUGCUUCCCUGGCCUGGGAGGUCAGCAAGGACUCUGACUCCGAGGUAGCAGACAUGGAUGAGGAGGAGCAAGACCCGGAGCUGACCCCAGCAUGGCAGAAGGCCUUGGGUGAGGGGGAGGAAUCACUAAAGCUCCAGGAAGACAUGAAGGUGAGGGAACAUGAGGACAAGGAUGGGGGGAGUGGCCGCUCUAGCCCCUGUCUUAGUACUACAUCACAGGCCAGCAGUGUGGCUAGUGGCAGUGUACGCAUGACCAGCUUUGCUGAGCGCAAGCUGCAAAAGGCCGGCACCCAUGAUGGACGGUCUAGUACUAGUAGCUCCCAGAAGACCACACCAGAUGGCUCAGAGAGCUGCCCACUGUCCCUCACCACAUGGAGGAUGCGGCGGGAGCAGAGUCCCACUCUGGCAGGUAAAGAUGGUGCAAGUGUGUUGGCCUCAGAGUUGGUGCAGCUCCACAUGCAAUUGGAAGAGAAGCGGCGUGCCAUAGAGAUGCAGAAGAAGAAGAUGGAAUCACUGUCUGCCAGGCAGAGGCUUAAGCUGGGGAAGGCUGCCUUUCUGAACAUUGUUAAGAAAGGCAAGAGCGACACACUCCCCCAGCCCUUAAAAUCAGAUCACUACUCUAAGGAAGAACAAAAGCUUAAUGGAGAGAAGGAGUCAUCGUCCAAGGAUGACUCUUGCGUAGAUGCCUUGAGAGGUAGAGCCAAAGACAGGGAGGGGCAGGAGGGUAAGGCUGCUGUGCGGUGGAACAUGGACUCUCCACCAUCCCCCUGCUCCCUAGAAAUGGACAACAAGGCAAAUGGUGCUCUGCUACUGGAUGAUGGUGCACCAGAGCCAGACCUCAACGAGUGUAACCGCUCCAUUGAGAUGCUCAACGAGGCUAUCAAUGCCAUCCAACAGCAGAUGAUGCAGCUGUCUUUGCAGCAGGACCUGCUAAUGAAACAGAACAUCCAGUCCCCACCCAGUGCCCCCCAUUCUCCCUCCCCAGUGUCUGCCCCUGACUCUGUCUCUGCCAGCCCCUUUGCCAAUGGAAAGAAUAAUGGCCCCGAGCCCAAGAUCCGCCCUGCUGUACAUUUUGUGGAGCCAAUCUCCACGUCGGGCUCCUCUGUGGUGCGCAGGCCCCCAAAACUGAGUUCCAGCCGGGGGCCCCGGUCAAAGCCCAUUGACCUCAAACUGUCCAAGGAGAAUGGGAAGCCAGUGUCACGGGUCAUCACCCCUACGCAGAGUGUGGAGACCCUCCCACACCUGAGGCAGUUCCCUGGGGGCCGGAUCCCCAAGGGUGAUACAGAGGACAGUAGCUCUCAGAGUGUCCCUCCUGCAGAGGCAGUUAGCACCCUGGAGAGAGGCAACUUUCGCAGUACCACCUUCCGGCUUCAUGAUGAAGCUAACCAACGGACUGUUGUCCCCAAGGAAACGAGCAGUAUCACACAAGAGCCCAGUCUUGAGGAGUAUGUUUCCAGCACCCCGAAGGAGCUAAAUACUUCAGAGAGCUCAUCAAAGGAAAACAUGUCGUGUGAGGAGGUGUCCAAAAGCAAGGCCCACCUCAUUGAGGUGGAUCUGUCCGAUCUAAAGGAUCCAUCGGAGGAGGGUGGCUCUGAUAUUCAGGACAUAACAGCCGAUGCAACUGAUGGAGAACAGAAGUCUGUUUUGGGUUUCUUUUUCAAGGACGAGCAGAAGGCCGAGGAUGAGCUGGCAAAGAAGCGCGCAGCGUUCCUCUUGAAGCAGCAACGAAAGGCUGAGGAGGCACGCCUCCGAAAGCAGCAGCUGGAGGUGGAGUCAGAGCUAAAAAGGGACGAGGCCAGACGCAAGGCAGAGGAGGACCGGAUCAGAAAAGAGGAGGAGAAGGCACGACGGGAGCUCAUUAAGCAGGAGUACCUGAGGAGAAAGCAGCAGGAGAUGAUUGAGGAGCAGGGUCUCUCUAAACCCAAGACCAAGCCCAAGAAACAGAGACCCAAGUCAGUCCACCGGGCAGAGUCCAGCAGUGACACACAUUCCAAAUGUUCCUCUACUCCUGACAACUUGAGCAGUGCCCAGUCUGGCUCCAGUCUGUCCUUGGCCUCUGCAGCCACCACUGAGGCAGAGAGCAUCCACUCUGGGGGGACAGGGUCCCAGCGGGGUGAGUCCGUUGAGUCCUUCCCAGUGCUGAGCCGCAAUGCCAGCCGGAACACAGAGCGGGACUGGGAGAAUGCAUCCACAGCCUCCUCUAUAACAUCUGUAGCAGAGUACAGCGGUCCAAAACUCUUCAAAGAGCCCAGUGCUAAAUCAAACAAGCCAAUAAUUCACAAUGCCAUUGCCCACUGCUGCUUGGCUGGGAAAGUCAAUGAACCACAGAAGAAUUCCAUCUUGGAGGAACUGGAGAAGUGCGAGUCGAACCACCUGAUGAUCCUCUUCAGAGAUGGCGGCUGCCAGUUCAGGGCCCUCUAUUCGUUCUUCCCUGAUACGGAAGAGAUCCACAAGCUUACUGGCACUGGGCCCAAGAGCAUCAGCAAGAAAAUGAUCGACAAGCUCUAUAAGUACAGCUCGGACCGCAAGCAGUUCACAGUCAUCCCGGCCAAAACUGUGUCGGUCAGUGUGGACGCGCUCACUAUCCACAACCAUCUGUGGCAGGUGAAGAGGCCUGCGGCACCCAGGAAGAGUGGGAAGUGAGCUUGGGACCAUUUCCCCCCGGACAGGCUGCGUUGACAUCCAGGAGAAGUCGCACACUUCAGUGGUAGGGAACAUAAGAGACCAGCUGUGACACAAGCAUGGGCCACUGGCUAAGAAUCCUGAGAACAAUCAAGUCCCAUGGAUAUGGUUUGUCACCAGGCUUAACAUGCGAUCUGGAUCUUAAUGUGAGCUGUUCAGGGGAGUGGGGUAUCAUUUAUUUAUUUUUAUUUAUUUUAUUUAUUUCAUUCUCCCCAAACAUAGACAGGCCUCUGCAUGUGGGGUUCACCCCCUUCCCUAUUCAGUUGGUUACUUUUUUUUCUUAUUUUGGUGGUCACUUAGACCUGGCGUGCAGUAGAGGCAAAUGACUCGGGGGGGACAAGUGCCACUCUGUCCGCCACCUCAGAGAUCUGUCAGCAUCUCUUCUCAGCAAGACACAAUAUCUUUUACUCCCGUAAUCUCACAUGCUGCAAAUUGUCACAUCUGGUCCUGUCCGAUGUCCUCCCAAAACUAAAAAUACAUGCUGCUCAAAACUCUUAGCUGUUUUACUGAGAAGAGUCAGGCCGCAUCAUGCAGGCAGUUAGGCGUCACGGUACUGUUGUUUGUUUGUUUAUUCAGCUCUUUCACUUAACAGCUUUGAGAGGAUUUUUAAUAAGUUCUCCUUUUAGACUUGAUUUAGGUACAAAAGGGAUGAGUAAAACCAUUAGAUUGUGGUUUUUUUUGUAUGUGGUUUGAAGACAAAGCAGAUGUGUUCAUAACAUAAAUCUGUUACAGUUUACCAUGUUUCCUGCAGUUGGCACAAAUGUCCUGUCAGAAGGUGUACUCAGUCAUGUUUUUACUAUCAUCAUGCAAUGUAACCAUAACCAGCGUUGGGCUUUUUUUUUCUUUUUUUAAAUUUUAAACUUUCAUUUUUGUGAGCACCAUGCUCUUUUAGGAGGAGUGUGUUACUUGAUUCUACUGGGUGACAGUAUUUAAUAUAUUCCCAAUGGCUAACACACUUUGGGUCGUCAUCUGAUUAACUCACAAAUGCAAACACUAAAAUGAAGACAAGCACUGAGACACGUCUUCUCUGUUAUGCCUCACAGUCCAGCAUUCACUUGUAUUUCCAUGACUACUCCCAAUUUUAACUGAAAAACAAUGCAAUCUGAGGCUCUUUAAACACUGGAGUCCACACUGCUCUAAACUGAGAGAUACCUCCACUGCAGAGAGACAAGGCACCAAACCAGCUCGAGAGCCAACUCUGAAUCAGGGCAAGCUGAACGUCUGCCGUUGCUACUGCUGUACUCUCGUAUUUCCCAGACAGACUAAGGAAUGCUUUAGAAUACUUGACAAUAUGAUUUGCUGAAUUUUGUACAUAUGUUCUCAAUAGCAGUUUUGUACAUAACGUAUGGUUUAUGUUGACUGAAGGUUAAUAUUGAUCACAUUAGGAUUUAUUUCAUUACCAUGCUUUUCAUGCUUGUGCUGUUUCUUUAAUAUUAUAAUACCAUAUAUUUAUUUUAAAGAGAAGCACUGAAAUUUAAUAAACAUUACAAGCAAAAUCAUUGAAUCCAUCCUUUAUCUUUCCCCUCAUAUUCAGUUCCUCCAUUUUCUACAUCACUCACUUCUGAUUUCAUUGUUUUACACAACAGAGUGGUCAUCUUAGUAAUUUUUAUUUUCACGGUAAAAUGAGCAGUUGAAAAUAAGACAUGCAAGUUUCCAGUAAAUGUGAUUGACAAGUCCAUUUUACUCUGUUCUCAACUGUAACUCAAUAAUAUGCAAUAUAAGCCCUGAAAAACAAAUACACUACUUAAAGUAUGUUCUGUAUCACCUUUGAUGUAAAUUAAACCCACUGUGAUCAGCAUCUUAACAGUGGACUGAUAUACUGUGCAGUAAAAUAUUCUUUUAAAAAGCUUCUUUAUUAGAUUUUUUUUUUUUUUUUUUCCCCUCCCCUAGGUGUUUUAAUAAAUGCGUUUCUUGUUUGAGGAGAAAGGAAAAAUCAGUUAUUUUUCUUGCUAGCGGAAAGGCCUAUAUGAACCAAAGUCGACCAAACAAAAUACUCCCGUAAAAAUCCUUAAGUGUCACAAAAGUUGAUGGGUCUUCACCAAAUUAAGCUCAGCAGCUAUGUGUGUCUGUAUGGUGGGCUUGUCAAUCACUCUUUUUCUGGAAGCCCCACCAGAGGAUAAAGUAAGCUUUGUUUAAGAGACUCCAAGCCAUCCUGGGAGAGCCCAUAGAGUGUGUGUGUGUGU